AUGGACAAAUUUUUAAUAAAAAAACCAAAACUGGAUUGUGCUCAGAGCAGCAAUAUUAUUGUUACGCCAGACUUAACUAGCUCAGGUAAUAAUGAUACAAAUGAAAGAGAGCCUAUAUCUGAAAAUAUUGGUGAGCGACAGUUACAAAAAGACGACAAUUGGGUACUUGAUUUUGGGACGUAUUUGGGAAAAAUAAUCAAUGAUGUUACAAAGCGGAAACUUCUAGAAACACCUUGGUCACCGGAUAUGUCUUUUAAAUUUCCAUCGUCAGGACCUAGAAACUUAAAAUUCCAAAUAAAAUGGCUUAAUGAGUGGAGCUGGCUAGUUUACUCCCCAACUCUAGAUUCGGUGUUCUGUAAGUACUGUUCGUUAUUUUCCACUGUUGUCGGGCAACAAGCUAGUAAGGGUGGAAAACUAGUUAAAACUCCGUUUAAAAACUGGAAGGAUGCCAGAGAAGAAUUCAGAAAUCAUGAAAAACAUUUAUAUCAUAAGAAUUGUAUCGAACGAGCAGCUAACUUUUUAGAUAUUAUGAUGAGAAAGUCUGAAAAUGUUAUUUUAAAAAUUGACAAACGAUCAAAUAAUUAA